CACGUGAGUUCUCGUAUUAGACACACGUGUGUACACUCUCAAUGCAGAAACUGUGCUAACGACUUUCGGUUUACUGCGUGAUAUGUACGCACGUGUGGACUUUUAUUUAUUUGUUUUGGGGGCUUUUUUUUACGCUUUUAUCACUUAAGUCCAAACAUUGAUUAAACACAUCGGUGUACAGUCUAUUGUCCUACUUAAAAAAAAAAAAAAAAAAAAAAAAAAAAAAAAAAAAACCCUGACAUUGUCGCUAGUAAGGUUUGGAUUAACGGUAACUAGCCUGGACGUUUGAUUAGCAGCAAUCUUAAAGUUAAUUCGGCUCACCAAAUGAUAAAUCGGGGUAAUUGGAAUGGGAAACACUGUGGUAGCCUUUCUCUAUCCUUGUAAGACUUGGAGGCUGGAAAAGGUUAACUUGAGUCAGUUAUUUACAGGUGGAGUGUUAGUGUGAUUUAUUAACACCUCUGAUUUUAUGAAAAGAGUCACUCAUAUAGCACUGUAUAGCAGACCUGGUUCUGAGAUAUGCCUAUGCAGUGGAAGGAGGAUGGUAGUUCCUUUAUCAUAACACAUUUGUUAGGAUUUUAGUAAAAGAAUUUGAAAUCCUUUAGAUUGAUGCAGUGAGAGCUAUUACUACAAUUUGAAAUCACAGCAGGAUUAGUUAACUGUAAAAGAUGGCAGAUUCUGCUGUGAACGUAAAGGGAAAUGGGGAAUUUGAGGAGGAGUUGAUUGCAAACAGUAAUGAAACUGAACAAGAGUUUGAGGAACCACUUGAGCAUGAGCUCAGCCCUAAGAUAGAUCUGAAUACUGAGCAACAAACACCUCGGGCCUGGAAAUGGUCGGUCUUGUUCCUCUGUUUUUAUGGCUUCAUGGUUCAGCUGAAGCCAGGCGAGUCUUUCAUCACUCCUUACCUUCUUAGCACAGAGAAGAACUUCACCAGAGAGCAGGUCACAAAUGAGAUUAACCCAGUGCUCUCCUAUUCAUACAUGGCUGUACUGGUGCCUGUGUUUCUGCUGACUGACUACCUACGGUAUAAGCCUGUCUUGGUCCUGCAAAGCAUGAGCCAUGUCUCCAUUUGGCUCCUACUACUGUUGGGCACCUCCUUGUUGGAGAUGCAGUUCAUGGAGUUUUUUUACGGCAUCACGAUGGCAGCACGUGUGGCCUACUCCUCUUAUAUUUUUUCACUUGUGCCAGCAAAUAUGUACCAGCGUGUGGCCAGUUACUCACGCUCCUCUGUGCUGCUGGGUGUAUUUACCAGUUCAGUCACUGGCCAGGUGUGUAUGUCCCUGACUGACAUCACAUAUAACACACUCAGUGCCAUCUCACUGGGCUUUGUUUCUUUUGGCUUGUUGCUCUCUUGUUGCUUGCCAUGGCCAAAACAAAGUCUGUUUUUUAACCAGGCCUACAGGCAUGACGAGAGAACUGCCACUCUCUCAGAAUUAGACAAAAUUAAACCAGAUGAAAUGGUUACACAAGGUGAAAAAGCCUCAGCAGGUUGCUGUAGUCAUCAGCUAACCUCCUCCAGUAUGAACUGUGUGUUCAUUCAGAUGUUGAAGGAGAUGCGAAAUGUUGUAAAAGUCCCCAGCCUGAGAGUUUGGAGCCUGUGGUGGGUGUUCAGCUCCCCUGGCUAUUACCUGGUGGUCUUCUACGUGCAUGUCCUGUGGAACAAUUUGGGUCAAGCAGCAGAGCAGAAGCAUGUCUAUAAUGGAGGGGUCGAAGCUGCAUCAACUUUGCUUGGUGCGAUCACGUCAUUUGUGGCAGGAUUUGUGAAGAUCAGAUGGAAGGUCUGGUCGGAGCUGGUAAUUGGGGUGAUCACUGCAGCCCAGGCUGGGUUACUGCUUCUCAUGUGCACCACCAGCAACAUCUGGGUGUGUUACAUUACCUAUAUCUUCUUCAGAGGCUUCUAUCAAUUCCUUGUUCCUAUUGCUAUGACAGAGAUCUAUCAGAGUGUAAUCUUCACAACACAUGUUUGUGGAAGUGUAUCAUGGCACGAACAAAGGAGAUUAUUGAGGUCCUCAGAAACAGAGUUGUUGCUCAUCAGGCUGGAAAAGGUUACAGAAACAUCUUUAAAGAGUUUGGACUCCACCAAUCCACAGUCCGACAGAUUGUGUACAAAUAGAGGAAAUUCAAGACCAUGGUUACCCUCCCGUAGAGUGGUCGACCAACAAAGAUCACUCCAAGAGCAAGAUGUGUAAUAGUUUGCAAGGUAACUUCUAAGCAACUAAAGGCUUCUCUCACAUUGUCUAAUGUUCGUGUUCAUGAGAACACUGAACAACAAUGGUGUGCAUGGCAGAGUUGCAAGGAGAAAACCACUGCUCUUGAAAAAUUACAUUGAUCACAUGGACAAGCCAGAAUAAUAAACUUUAUUUUAUAAAGCGCCUUUAAAAGCAGCUUCUUGAAGCGCUGUACACAAAAUAAGCAGUACACAGAAAUUUUUUUUUAUAAAAGUUAAUGAGAACAAUAACAACAACAAUAAUAAUAAUAAUUAUAAAAGUAGACAUCAACAGUCAAAUGCAAGUUUAAAAAAACUGUCUUGAGCUAUAAAAAUGCCAAAGGUCUGAGCUUCCCUAAGUUUGAUAGGAAGAAAGUUCCAAGGGGAAGGAGCGUAGACAGAAAAUGUUCUGUCACCCAUAGAUUUUAAGCGUGUUUGUGGAACAGUUAACAGAUUACACUGUGGAGCGCAGUCUGCGAUUUGUGGUGUAAGAAAUUAAUAAAGCUGAUAAGUAAUGAGGAGCCAAGCCAUCUAAUGCCUUGUAUGUCAGCAUCAUAAUUUUAAAAUCGACACGGAACCUGACCCGGAGCCAGUACAAGGACUCCAACAGGAGUAAUAUGAUUGUAUUUCCUGGUCCCUGGCAGCAGAGUUUUGUACAUAUUGCAGUUUAUUGAUUGUGGAUUUAGACACUCCGGCUAAAACGGCGUUACAGUAAUCUAUACGAGUGACAACAAAUGAGUUAAUCAGCUUUUCAACUACAGAGAAGUUUAGCAUAGGGCACAGUCUUGCUAUAUUUCUGAGGUGAAAAAAGGAUGCUUUAACAGUGCUCUGAACAAAAGAAUCAAAUGUAAGGCUGGUAUCAAAAAUUACUCCAAGGUUCCUCAUUUUACUAUGAGUCUCUAGAGCAGAGCCAUCACCAAAUAAAGGCAGUGGACCAGCUUUCAGAAUUUGAUGAUGGGAACCUAUAAGCAUAACUUCAGUUUUCCCGCUAUUCAGGCACAGAAAAUUAUUAUUCAUCCAUGUUUUUGUCUCAGAAAUACAGUCAGAAAGAAAACAAACAUCAAGGUUUUCACCAGAUUUUGAGUGAAUGUAGAUUUGGGUAUCAGCAGCAUAAAAGUGAUGAUGGCGGCCGAGCGAUCGCAGCAGAUGCCCAAGUGGAGAUAAAUAAAUAUUGAAAAGUAAAGGGCCUAAAACUGAUCCCUAAGGAAUACCAACACCAGUGAGCACAGAGCUAGUGUCAGACCUGUAACCACCCAUAGAAAUAAACAGUAAAAUAAGAUUUAAACCAGUUUAAAACUGUCCGAGACACACCAAAAACACUUUCAAGGCAGGUAAGUAAAAGACCGUGAUCCACAGUAUCGAAGGCAGCUCUAAGAUCAAGAAGAAUAAGAAUGGACGUAGCUCCAGAAUCAGAGGCCAUCAACAAGUCAUUGGUAACUCUGACCAACGCCGUUUCAGUACUGUGAAGUUUAUGAAAACCUGACUGAAGGGGUUCAAAGAGGUUAUUAAUUGUAAGAUGAUUACACAAUUGGGAGGCAACAACACACUCAAGUAUUUUUGCCAAAAACGGAAGAUUUGAGAUGGGACAAAAAUUGUUAAAAUCAUACACGGCAACAUUUUCCUUCUUUGGUACAGGUGUAACAGCAGCAGUCUUUAGUACUGCUGGAACAACCCCAGUCUCCAAAGAUUCAUUUAUAAUGCUGAGGAUAGCAGCACACGAAACACCGAAGCACGAUUGGAACUGGAUCAAGCAGGCAAGCAGUUGAUUUCAUGCUGGAUACCUCCCUUGUGAGAGCCUCAGAAUCAAGCAGUGAGAAAUGAGUGAAAGAAACACCAGUGAACCCAAAUGAACGAAGGAGUGAAGAGGCAGAGUCAGCUGUAACAAAUUUCUUUGCGAACAUUAUCAAUCUUGGAAUUAAAAAACUGAAGAAAAGAAUUACAUAGCUGCCGAGAAACAGGCAAAGUGGUAACAACAUUAACUUGAAGCAAUCUGUUUAUGGUUUGGAAAAAGUGUCUGGGAUUAUUUGGAUUGUUUAUAAUAGCCUGAAAGAAAUAAGAUGAUCUUUCGGUCUCAGAUAUGCUCUGUAAUCAUCCAGAUCCUUCCACGCUUGAUAGUAGACAUUCAAGCCAGUAAAGAGCCAUUUAUGCUCCAUUUUCUGACAAGCAGCCUUUCUAGAGCUCAGAUUGUCAUUAUACCAGGGAGCAGAGCGGGCGAGUGUAACCUUACAUGACUUUAGGGGAGCGAAAGAGUCUAGAUUAGUAGCAAGAGUAGAAUUUAACUGCAGAACAUGCAUAUUGCUUGAAUUGAAGAAAACUCUCUGAUCAACAGACUUCCACUUCCGGAAGGUUACUGUUCGGCUGGUAGGCUCACUUGGAUGAUACCGUUCCAGGUUAAAGAAGACAGCUGAAUGAUCCGACAGUCCAAUGUCAACAGAUGAAAACUGCAACAGAAAACAAGCCAUUUGCAAUCACAGGAUCCAGGGUCUGGCCUUUGUUAUGAGUCGGAUCAGUUACAAACUGUGUGAAGUUAAAACAAUCAAGUAGGGACAGAAAUUCCUUAGCCGCCACCGAGUCACUCCAGUCCACAUGAAUGUUAAAGUCUCCCACAAUUAGAAUUCUGUCAAACUUCAUACUAAACUCUGACAUAAAAGCUGCAUGUGUCUUAGAUUUUAGCCUAGAAAACUAUUGGAAAAAUAGAUUUUUGUGGAUUGAUAAGACCAAAAUAGAACUUAUUGGUUUAAAUGAGAGGCGUUAUGUUUGGAGAAAGGAAGACACUGCAUUCCAGAAUAAGGACCUUAUCCCAUCUGUGAAUGGUGGUGGUAACAUGGUUUGAAAGUGUUUUGCUGCAUCUGGGCCAGGAUGGCGUGCCAUCGUUGAUGAAACUAUGAAUUCUGAAUUAUACCAGCGAAUUUUGAAGGAAAAUGCCAGGACAUCUGUCCAGGAACUGAAUCUCAAGAGAAAGUGGGUCAUGCAGCAAGACAACAACCCUGAGCACACAUGUCGUUAACCACACAAUGGUUAAAGUAUAAUACAGUUCAUGUUUUGGAAUGGCCAAGUCAAAGUCCUGACUUUAAUCGAAAAGAAAUGUUGUGAAAGGACCUGAACCAAGCAGUUUGUGUGAGGAAACCCACCAACAUCCCAGACCUAAAGCUGUUCUGAACUAAAGAAUCGACUGAAAAAAAAAAAUCUUUUCCAAGUCGAUGUGCAGGACUGAUCAACAGUUACCAGAAACGUUUAGUUGUAGUUAUUGCUGCACAAGGUGGUUACAGAAAAUACUGAAAGCAAAGGUUCACAUACUUUUGCAACUCACAGAUAUGGUCUCUUUAUCUACUUUUAGGUCUUUAAGGUCUGAAAAUCUAAUGGUGUUUUAUGUCAUACUUAUGUAGAAAUGUAGACAAUUAUAUGUGCAUGCUUAUGAUCAUAAACCUGUGUAAAUAAAGGAGAGUGGGAGUCCAUAUUGGUUCAGCACUCCUAGUUAAUUGCAUGCUGUGUACAGCUGUGAAACCCUUGUGAUCAUCAGUAUGAGAAAAGAAAAAUCUUUAUUCAGCCAUCUGUUGGGUUAAGGAGAACAUAUGCCAAUGGAAAAGAUAAUAAACUAA